UGUGUCCAGAAGGUCCAUUCAGCUGGCCAAGAAGGAUGACUAAUGUUAUUGUACAUUGCCUGUCAUCCUGCCAGCCCUCCCUCACAGAUUUGUUUCUCUUUGCUGUCUGUUUGCUCAGGUGGACAGUGAUACCAUUUGGAAUGAGAUGCACUCGUCCAGUGCAGCAGGCAUGGCCGUUGGCUGUGUCAUUGAGCUGGCUUCCAAAGUGGCCCCUGGAGAGCUAAAGAAUGGAUUUGCUGUUGUCAGACCCCCUGGCCAUCAUGCCGAAGAGUGCUCUGCCAUGAUGUUCACCAUGGUAACGGUACACAGCAAGCCUUUUAUAAUGACCUCAAGGUGCUUUAUAUUUUCCUCCACAGUUCAGAUGAAGCAAACUUCUUCCCUGGCAGUGGAGCCCCCAGAAGAAGUUGGAAGUGGUCCCGAUGAAGGCUUCACUGUGAACAUUGCAUGGACAGGUGGUCUUGAUUCUCCUACGGGAGAUAUGGAAUACCUUACAGCGUUCAGGUGUACCCACCUGUAGUGAUGUUUGAUCAACUUCAAAGCUUUAAACUGUUUCACAAAGAAUAUUGAAGAAGUGUGCUUGAUUUAAAUUUGUGUCAGAUGUAUUUUAAUAUACUUCAGUCAUUUUGAACUGUUCACAGUGUUGUAUUUUCAUGUUUAGAUUAAACUGGAUAUUUAUUCAGUUUUACUUGCAAAUAGAAACAUGGAAAUGGAUAGUUAUAUUGGACAAUCAAGAGUUCCAAACAUACUAAUAAAUCUAUCUCCAAGUGAACAGAUUAGAGAAAGGAAUAAUGUGUAAUAACAGAUUUAAGCGAUCUUAAAAUCAAAGUCAAUAUACUGUGUAAAAAAAAGGAUACUGAUUGUUUGGCAAGUGGUUCAUAAGAUUGGAAGAUUUGCUUCACUUAUCAAGAACAUAUCGAUAGAUAGACACAAAAUGCUGGAGUAACUCAUCAGGACAGGCAGCAUCUCUGGAUUAAAGGAAUAGGUGACGUUUUGGGAUGAGACCCUUCUUUAGUCUGAAUAAGGGUCUCGACCCUUAUAGUCACUCAUUCUGCUUCAGAGUUGCUGCCUGUCCCGCUGAGUUACUCCAGUAUUUUGUGUCUAUCUUUGGUGUAAACCAGCAUCUGCAGUUCUUUCCUACAUAGAACAAAUCCAUAGUCUCCAUAUUCUGCAUUUCACCAAUUGUCUCCAGCACACUCACUGAAAGUUCAAUCAAAGUGUUGAUUGAUCUGCGUGUGAAGAAGAAUUUCCUGGUAUCAGUGUGAAGUGAACUUUUAAUAGAUUGAACCUGUGCUCUUCUGCAGAAUGUAAAGUCCAAUUCAGGAUUAAGUUCUUUAUCACUCGUCAGCCGCAUUCCUGCCUGAAAAUUCCAGUUUCUCAAGUCUUUCCUCAUAACGCCGAAACUUGAUAUUCGGUAUCAAUUUUAAGUUUGUUCUGUACAUUGGCUACAGCAUUUGACCCUCCCAUAUUUCACAUUACGUAGGCUUACUAAUCCUAAUACUUAAUUCUUCCCACAAUGUCACCAACACCCCCCAGAUUCCACUAGUUACUUAUUCAGGGCAAUUUACAGUAGUCAAUUAGGCUACCAACCUACACUUGGGAUGUGGGAGAAAACCAGUGAACCUCGAGGAAUUCAACUAACUUCACUCAGACAGCUCUGGAGGCCCAGACUGAACCCAGGUCAUAGAGCAAUGAGGCAACAGGUCCACUAGCUGUACCAAUGUGCCAUCCAGAACCAUAUAAGUUUGAUAUGUAGGAAGGAACUGCAGAUACUGGUUUACACCAAAGAUAGACACAAAAUGUUGGAGCAACUCAGCGGGCCAGGC